AUGGAGGCAGACUUUGAUGGUUCAGAGGAUGACUGGGAUGAAGAUGAGGCCACUCAGUACAUGAUUGAAGAGAGUCUGUUGGCGUAUGCCAAGCACAGUGGCCCAGUCGCCAGUGCCCCUCUGGAUAACUUUGACAAUGAGGAAAUUUUUAUUGCCAUUCAGAGAGGUGAUGAAGAAGCCCUUAAAAGGCUAGUCUGGAAUCGAGAAGCCUUUUCCCAACCUGACAGCAGGGGCUGGAUCCCUCUGCAUGAAGCAGCAGUUCAGGAAAAGAGAAGCAUACUGGAGAUCACUUUCUCAGCCUCUUUCCAGGGGGCGGGGCAGUGUUGCACCGCUAGGGGAGAGACCCCUCUCUUUCUGGCUGUUGUCAGCGGUCUCAGAGAGAAUGCUACAUUCCUGCUUCAGAAUGGCUGCAGCCCUAACUGCCAAAAUGAAGACGAGGAUUCUCCAUUAGUUGCAGCUAUAAAGAAUGACCAAUAUGAUUUGGCAUCACUUCUGCUUCGCUUCAGUGCUAAAGUGGACCAAAGAGGAGGUCUUCAGAGAACUGCUCUCCAUGAAGCCUCUUUAUUAGGCUUAGAAAACUUUGUGUACUUACUCCUCCAGUCUGGUGCUGACCCAAAUGCUAAAGAUGCUAGUGAACGUACCCCUUUGGGACUGGCUGCACAGGCUGGGCACUUAAAUAUUGUGGAGAUCCUUCUCCAGAAAGGAGCCAGUGUGAUCUCUCUGUCUAAGUCAACUGACUCUGCCUCUAUCCUGUUUGAGGCAGCUGCCUCAGGUAACCCUGACAUCAUCUCCCUGCUCCUGGAAUAUGGAGCUGACCCCAACCAACCCACGCACACAGGACAUUUGCCCAUUCACCGUGCAGCAUACCGUGGGCAUCUGCUAGCUUUGGAGCACCUAAUCCCUGUUACAAAGAGGGAGGCAGUGAAAGAGAGUGGCAUGAGCCCUUUACACUCAGCUGCAGCAGGUGGACACUCUCAAUGCCUGGAGCUGCUUUUGAGUGCUGGCUAUGAUCCAAACUUCAUGCUGCAUCCAAAGGUGCGACGUAACUAUGACGACGAACGCCGAUCAGCGCUGUAUUUUGCUGUGUCAAACAAUGACGUUCAGUCGGCACGGCUUCUGCUAGAGGCCGGUGCUAUGCCCAACCAGGAUCCCGUCAACUGCCUGCAGGUGGCGCUGCGGCUCGGGAACUAUGAACUCAUUAAUACACUACUGCGCUAUGGUGCAAAUGUCAAUUACUACUCACGUGUCAACACAACACACUUCCCCUCAGCUCUGCAAUACGCUCUUAAGGAUGAGGUGAUGCUACGAAUGCUUCUCAAUCACGGGUACGACGUCCAGCGCUGUUUUGAUUGUCCAUAUGGAGAGGGGUCUCAUGUGCCUGUAGAUUAUGAAGGCUGGAGUGCUUCAGUCAUAAAGGACAUGGUGUUCUGUGAGGUAAUCACGGUUAACUGGCUGAAGCACAUUUCAGGACAGGUCGUGAGAGUCAUGCUGGAUUAUGUGGACCACGUCACUUUCUGCUCCAAACUAAAAAGCGUCCUAGUAGAGCAGAAACAGUGGCCAGAGAUACGCAAGAUCCAAGAGAAUACACGAAGCCUGAAACACCUGUGUAGGCUGAAGAUCCGCGAGCGCUUUGUUCGCCUGCGUCUGAAAGCUCCAGUGUUUAUCGGUUUUCUGCCAUUACCCAACAGCCUCAAGGACUAUAUUCGCUAUAAAGAAUAUGACGUGUACAGCAGAGGCAGUAUGAUGGUACACGAAUGA